AGCCGGAGCGGGCAGGGAGCCGGGAGCUGGGCGAGGCGAUGGAGCGGGGAGCAGCCGGAGCCGUCCCCGGUCCCGGCGGGGAGGAGGCAGGGCCUGAGAUAGACUUUCUGGUCAAGCUCCAGAUGCUUUUGUUUGAGUAGCCUCGACCUCCCUAUGGACUCAACAGAUGUACCACGAAAUGGCAUUGCUCACUGGGAAUGCAGAUCCUGACUUCAGCUCCCGCUCCUUCAACAACUUGGAAAACCUGUGUGAAGUACAAACCAAGAAAGGAUUCUUCUACAAAAAGGCCAAACUUCUGCAUCCUGGAGAAGACCUGUGCUGCUUAGCCCGCUUGGAUGACCGGUCCAGGUUUGUGAUCAUCAACGUAGGUGGUAUUAAGUACAAAAUUCCCUGGACCACCUUGGAGAACUGCCCCUUGACCAGGCUUGGGAAGCUAAAGUCUUGCAACAAUUACGAUGAGAUCAUGGACAUCUGUGAUGAUUAUGAUGUUAGCUGCAAUGAGUUUUUUUUUGACCGCAAUCCUAGUGCCUUCAGAACGAUCAUGACAUUCCUGACAGCUGGGAAGCUGAGGCUUCUCAGGGAGAUGUGUGCUCUUUCGUUCCAGGAGGAGCUUGUGUACUGGGGGAUAGAAGAGGACCACCUGGAGUGGUGCUGUAAAAAGAGAUUGCGACAGAAAGAGGAAGAGGCAGCUGAGGCCAGGCUGUUUGAGAGGGAGAUGGUAUUUAAUGAAGCCACGCAAUGUGCCUUCCAGGACAGCAGCCGACUGAGUCUGUGCAUGAGAAAGCUCAGGGAUAUGGUGGAGAACCCCCACUCAGGGAUCCCAGGAAAGAUCUUUGCUUGUAUUUCAAUCUCUUUUGUUGCCAUCACUGCUGUCAGCCUCUGCAUCAGCACCAUGCCAGAUGUCAGAGAAGAGGAGGAUCGGGGUGAAUGCUCACAGAAGUGCUACGACAUCUUUGUGCUGGAGACGGUGUGCGUGGCAUGGUUUUCCUUUGAGUUCCUGCUGCGAUCCAUCCAGGCAGAAAACAAGUGUGCUUUCCUGAAAACCCCGCUCAACAUCAUCGACAUCCUGGCCAUCCUGCCUUUCUACAUCUCCCUCAUUGUGGACGUGGUUUCCACAAAGAACAGCAGCAAGCCCGGCGGGGGAGCCGGGAACAAGUACCUGGAGCGCGUGGGGCUGGUGCUGCGCUUCCUGCGGGCGCUGCGCAUCCUGUACGUGAUGCGGCUGGCGCGGCACUCGCUGGGGCUGCAGACGCUGGGGCUCACCGUGCGCCGCUGCACCCGCGAGUUCGGGCUGCUCCUGCUCUUCCUCUGCGUCGCCAUGGCCCUCUUCUCGCCGCUGGUCUACUUGGCUGAGAGCGAACUGGGAGCCAAGCAGGAGUUCACCAGCGUUCCCACCAGCUACUGGUGGGCCGUGAUCUCCAUGACAACUGUUGGCUACGGGGACAUGGUGCCUCGUAGCAUCCCUGGACAGGUGGUAGCCCUGAGCAGCAUCUUGAGUGGGAUUUUGCUGAUGGCUUUCCCAGUCACAUCCAUCUUUCAUACCUUUUCCCGUUCCUACAGUGAGCUGAAGGAGCAGCAGCAGCGAGUAGCCAGCAGGCAGGUGCGGCAGCGGCACGAGAACACCGAGCUCCUGGGUGGUGACAGUACAUGGGGGCUCAGUGCCACAUUCCCACCAGGUGCUGGUGAGCAGGAGGGUCUGACCUCAGUGGACCAGUAAGCCAAGAGAAGUUCUUGACCCUGAACAGCUGAGGACGUACGUUGGCAGCCCAAGAAGCAGUGGACAAGGGAGGUCAGUUCUGCAAGAAGAAUGCCAUGAACUGCAUAAAUGAGGGGCAGACACACACAGGGUUUCUCUAAAGACCAACUUCUGAUCUUAAGGGACCUCUGAAAAGUACCCCUACAAAUUCUACCUAGUACAGCUCUGCUCCAUUGCUUUUCUUAGGGCUUUUCUAUUGAGCAAGUAUUUUUGGUGUGCCCAAGGAGCAGCCACUGAACAUAGCCAGCCAGCAGAAUGUAAUGUGAAGCACAGCCCGUGCCAGGUGCCAUGUGGCAGAGCAACCAGUGUGCCACCUCCUCUGUGCCCUGCUCGGUGGCAUCCCUGCGUGAGGGGCUGAGCAAGGGGCUCCCCGUGCCCCACAGCACGUUGGUUUGGCAGCACCACUAAGGAACACAAACCUCAGACAAGCCAAGGGGCGAGGGCAAGAGAAGGGCAGAAGCAUUCCUUCAGCUUUGCCAGGGGCUUGCUUUUGUCUUCUACAGAUGAAGCAGCACAGCCAGAGCGCUGGCAGCGCUGCCAGCUAUGAAUUGUGUGAGCACAGUUUGCAUUAUUUAGUAGAGAUGCAUAUUUACCAUCCUAAGCUUUAUAUGUUAGUCCCAUGACAGAAAUAUACAUACAAAAAAUCUUCCUGACUGUGGUACUGAAUGUUAACUUGGUUAUUUUUCCUUUGCUAACAGUCAAAUAUUAAAGAUACCAUUACAAAUGA